AUGUAUAUUGCGAAUGUGAUGGAAAAUCUAAGUAUUUUCGCACUUUCUGUGCACAUAUUUGAAACACGAGUAUUCUCUUUAACGGAUUUCUUAAACUCGGUUCCGAAAUGUGCGUUCUCUUCAUGUUCAACUCCCGUACUGACCGACUUAGAAACAGACCUCAUCAACUCAAUCCUCCAAGACGACAAAAAUCAACUCAUAAAUGUUACUACACAGGCACUCCUCAACGGCAACGAUAAUGAUGCCCUCCAAACGACGGCGUCGACGGCCGUCUUGAAGAUCCUGCACCUCUGUUGCAACUUGGACUCCGUUAUCUGCGCUACGGCGCUGGUCAACGGAGAGCUACUUGGAGGAGUGGUAGCGGCAGUCAACAAGAUGGACAGUGCUACCGGUCUGACGGCCAUCCACGUGGCUGCCGAGUCGCACGCGGCGCGUUGCGUGGAAAUGCUGUUGAAGAAACGCGCCCGUACGGAUAUUAAAAGUAAGGACGGACGUGGAAGGCUGGCUCUGGAGUUGUCUCUGUGUAGCAAUAGAAUGGAUGUGAUUUGGAAUCCAGAUGACUACUCCGUCGAAGACUUGAUCGUCAUUCUUAGUCAAAAGGUUUUUAAGCAAAUAAUAAAAAAAAAAUUUAAGAACCAUCGGGAAAGUAAAUAG